AUGUCUCCUUCCACAGAUGCUCCCAAACAAUUUAGCCAACCUUCCCGUAAGGGCAAAAAGGCGUGGCGUAAGAAUGUGGAUGUGACGGAGGUUCAAGAAGGUCUCCGGUUGUUGAAAGAUGAGGAGAUUAAAGGUGGUGUCCUGGCAGAGAAGCCGUCUGAAGAGCUGUUCACCUUCGAUACCACGGGUUCAACAGAAAUUCGCAAAGCAUUCGAGAAACAGCACAAGCCGUUGAAAUCAGAAGAAAUCAUUGCUCAGCGGUCGGUCAUCCCAGCAGUAGACACUCGCAAACGCAACAACUCCAAAGUGACAGAUGGUGUUCUCGAACCGAAGACUAAGAAACACAAGAGCGACUGGGUUACCCGCAAGGAUUGGCUACGCUUAAAACAGGUCGCUAAAGAGGGCAAGCCCACCAAAAAGGUCGCGGAAGGUGAAUUCUAUGAUCCAUGGGCGGAUGCUGAAGACCCAACACCUGUGGAGGAUCCACAAUUUGAUUUCCUGGAGAAGCCGAAGCCGAAGGUUGCGCCUGUAACGCUAAAGGAAUCCCCGAUUUCACUUGCUGCAAAUGGAAAAGCGAUUCCUGCUGUCCGCACACCGAACGCUGGCACAAGUUAUAAUCCCACCUUUGAGGACUGGGAUAGUCUUCUACAGGAACAAGGAGCCAAGGAGGUAGAGGCAGAGAAAAAACGCCUGGAGGAGGAACGUAAGGAAGAAGAAAGACAGCGUCUGAUUGCCGAGGCCAAGGAUGACGACGGCGAGGUUAAGUCGGACGAUGAAAGUGCCUGGGAAGGUUUUGAAAGCGAGUACGAGACCCCGGAUUGGCUGAAGAAGAAGCGUCCAGAGAGAAAGACGAAAGCGCAAAGAAACAAGAUCAACCGACGUAAGGAGGCUGAGAGGCAAGCAAAAUGGGAGGCACAGAUGAAGAAAAAGGAAGACCAGGUUGAGCUGGCAAAAUCUCUUGCGGAGAAAUUGGAACAGCAGGCGCUUGAGCGCGCCGAGUCGUCCGACUCUGAGGGAGAAGGUGAUGAUACUGUUUUGCGGCGAAAGCCCUUGGGUGGAAGGACAUAUGCACCCGACCAAAAGUUGGAGGUUGUCCUACCAGACGAGCUGCAGGACUCACUGCGCUUGCUUAAGCCAGAGGGAAAUCUGCUCGAUGACCGAUUCCGGACGUAAUCGUUCAAGGAAAGUUGGAAUCUCGAAAGCCGGUUUCACAACCCAAGAAGGCAAAGAGAAAGUUGACGGAGAAAUGGGGUUACAAGGAUUUCAAGGUUCCAGGCCUGUAAAUAGAUUCCCUUUUUGUUGUCAUGGUGAUUUCUUUUCACAUAGACUUCUAUUGUAUAAUGAGGCGUUGUUGGAUAUAAAAAGUUCUUAUGCUUUCCAAUA